GCAGCUUAUGGACACCACAUUCUUUCCGGCUACUACGUCGUAGUAUUCAAUCUACUCCCAGUGUCUCACCACGCCAUCUCCCUCCACACUCCCCUCUAUAACCCACCUCAACCAACAUCAACAAUAACAAUUCCUCCAACAAUGCCAUCCACCCCCAGCUACCGGGUCGUUGAACCGCACCCGUCCGUCCCGCGCGCUCACCCCGCCAUCCACACAGCCCGCGGCGGCGCCGGCAAUGUCAUCGACCUAAAAGACACCAAGACCACCGACUCGCGCUCCGCAUCGGGCCCAGCAUCGCUGACCCGCCUGGACUCCCGCACCCCGCGGAGCUUCACCUCCGGCCGGGGCGGCGCCGGCAACGUCCACCGCACCAGUGAGCGCGCCAUGUUCAGCUUCGACGAGGAGCUCGAGCGCGACCUCCGUCGCGCCGCUCCCGUCUACCACGUCGGCCGCGGAGGUGCCGGCAACAUGGUCUUUCGCGACGACGACAGCUCCCUCAGUCGCAAGUUCUCCAUCAGCAGCAAUAGCACCUCCAGCAGCUCGGGUUCCACCCGCGACAAGGCCUUGCAGGGCUUGCAGAAGGGGUGGGGGAAGUUGAAGGGAAUGGCAUGAUCUAUCCCUAUUCCUUCUAUCGCCUACUUGCUCUGGGAAACUUUCCUUCGCUCGAGCUGUCUUUGCGUUUUUGCCAGCUACAGCUACAGCUACAGCAUACCAGUGGCGUUGGCGUUUCCUUUCGCAUCACGAACCUCAUGAAUGACGACAUCACCAAAAGUUUUCUUUCUUCUAUCUUUCUAUUUCUCCCUCACAC